AGGAAUAGAAGCGCAGUCGGGUGUAUUCUCUCCAUCUCCCUCUCUCAAGUGAGAACGGAGCUAGAAAUUAGAAAAACCAUAGCAGCAGGGGCGACAGAAACAGGGAAAAGACGGAGAAGAGAGAAGGAAGCGAGCGUGCACGCUUGGGGUCAAAAGUAGAGAGAAAGCAGAAUAAGGGUUGAUAGACCGUGGAAUCUAAAAGAAUCACACACACAGUUUUGGGUUUUGGUUGUUUUUGGGUUCUCCCCUUUUGCAACCCCACCCCUUAACUAUUGCGUGCUUCGUACGGUCUAUCCACCCUAAUCUGCAAAUCUUUUCCCACUUUUCUUCUUCUUCUUAUUGUUCUUUUUGUCUCUCACACUUGCUUUCCCAGUUUUGCCGUUGCUACCAUCAGCUUAUUUUCCAGCUUUCUCUUUUUUUCCUUUUUUUUUUUAAGCUUUCCAUUUUAAUUUAUACUGUUGUUGUCCUUUUCCCCUGUUUUAUCUUUAGUUUUAUUUUGUUUCUCUUUUCGAUUUCUUCUGGGCUUUUGAGUGUCGAGUUCUCUGUUGCUAGUGUGUAAUUUUUUAGCAUAUCACUAUGACGGACGGUGAUAGUAGGGUUUCAGGUACUGUGGGCGGCGGCUGCCCAUCUUACUGGUUGGAUGCCUGUGAGGACAUUUCCUGUGAUCUUAUUGACAAUUUUGUCGAUUUUGAUACUUCAAUUGUUCAAGAUUCAGUUGAUGAUACUUCAAAUCAGGAUAAUCUUGUUAAUGAUUUCUUUGGAGGUAUUGAUCACAUUCUUGAUAGCAUCAAGAAUGGUACUGGCUUACCUACGCUUGCUGACGGCAAUAGUAUCAAUAAUGGUACAUCGGCUAUUGUUGGGAAUGGAAUUCAGGAUUGUAAUAUUGGGGAAGGGCUCUUUAAGAACGAGGCAGUUGAAUUUUGCACGAAUGGAGAAAAAAGCUCCUCAUUACAAUUAAAUGGCAGUAAUAAAAACAAUUUUGAAAGUAAGGUGCUUGUGGUGAAUUUUGAUAAUGGAUCGAAUCCGUUGGAUGGGAGGGCCGAAGAUAGGUUGAAUUCAUUGGAUAAUUCUGUCAAGGAAAAUGGGAAUAAGGGCGGUCUUGAGGGGCCAAGGGAACGAGACUUUGAUAGUGAAGAAAGGUACUGUAAAAAGGCUAGGAUUACCAGCAGUUACAAAAAUGAGAGACAGUACUCUAGUAGAGGGCAAUAUGAUCCAAGGGACAGGGAGAGGAGCUCUAACAGGAAGAGGCUGCGAGAUUGGGACGACAUUGAUAGGAGGGACAAGUAUCAUAAUCGGAGAAGAGAUAGGUAUAACGGUAGGAGAGAUGGGAGAGAUAGGGAUUGGAGGGAUAGGGAACCAAGGGGUUAUUGGGAGAGGGACCGUUCUGGGUCCAAUGAGAUGAUUUUUCACUCAGGUAGUUGGGAAGCUGAUCAUAACAAAGAAGGAAAGGAAAGCAAUGACAAGGAUGAGGAGUGCAAUGGAAAGCCAGAGAAGAAAUCCGAGGAGACCAAGGAGAAAUUCCCUGAGGAACAAGCCCGCCAAUAUCAAUUGGAUGUUCUUGAACAGGCCAAGAAGAGAAAUACAAUAGCUUUUCUUGAAACUGGUGCUGGGAAGACCCUCAUUGCUGUACUUCUAAUUAAAAGUCUUUAUAAUGACUUGCAAAGGCAGAACAAGAAAAUGCUUGCUGUAUUUUUGGUUCCAAAGGUUCCACUUGUUUAUCAGCAAGCGGAAGUCAUUCGUGAGCAUACCAGCUACCAAGUGGGCCAUUAUUGUGGUGAAAUGGGCCAAGAUUUCUGGGAUGCUCGGAGGUGGCAGCCUGAGUUCGAAUCAAAACAGGUUUUAGUGAUGACAGCUCAGAUUCUGUUGAACAUUCUGAGACAUAGCAUAAUCAAAAUGGAAGCAAUAAAUCUCCUUAUUCUGGAUGAGUGUCACCAUGCUGUGAAGAAACAUCCAUAUUCUUUAGUGAUGUCAGAAUUCUAUCAUACAACGCCAAAGGAAAAAAGACCAUCUGUUUUUGGAAUGACUGCUUCUCCUGUUAACUUGAAAGGUGUUUCAAGUCAAGUUGAUUGUGCUAUAAAAAUCCGUAAUCUUGAAAGUAAACUUGAUUCCAUAGUUUGUACAAUAAAAGACCGCAAGGAACUGGAAAAACAUGUGCCAAUGCCUGCAGAAAUCGUCGUGGAGUAUGACAAAGCAGCCAGCUUAUGGUCCCUUCAUGAACAAAUAAAACAAAUGGAAGUGGCUGUCGAAGAAGCUGCACAAUCAAGCUCAAGAAGGAGUAAAUGGCAAUUUAUGGGAGCUAGAGAUGCUGGUGCUAAGGAAGAGCUGCGCCAAGUUUAUGGUGUCUCUGAAAGAACAGAAAGUGAUGGGGCUGCUAACUUGAUUCAAAAGUUGAGGGCUAUCAAUUAUGCACUUGGUGAAUUGGGUCAGUGGUGUGCUUACAAGGUUGCACAAUCCUUUUUGAUGGCUUUACAAAAUGAUGAGAGGGCAAACUAUCAGCUUGAUGUCAAGUUUCAAGAAUCCUAUCUGGAAAAAGUUGUUUCGCUCUUACAAUGCCAAUUAACAGAGGGAGCUGUGACAGAUAAGGACACAAAAUCUAAUGACAAUGAGAAUGGAGUUGCUCAAGAUGGGACUGAUCCUGAUGAUAUUGAAGAAGGAGAGCUUCCUGACAGUCAUGUCGUUUCCGGUGGGGAGCAUGUUGAUGUGAUAAUAGGGGCUGCUGUAGCUGAUGGAAAAGUGACCCCAAAAGUGCAGUCAUUAAUAAAAAUACUUCUUAAGUAUCAGUACACAGAGGAUUUUCGUGCAAUCAUCUUUGUCGAGCGAGUAGUAGCUGCUUUAGUCCUUCCUAAGGUAUUUGCAGAGCUUCCAUCACUGAGUUUUGUUAGGUGUGCAAGCUUGAUUGGACACAAUAACAGUCAGGAAAUGCGGACAUCCCAGAUGCAGGACACAAUUGCCAAAUUUCGAGAUGGUCGUGUGACACUGUUGGUUGCUACAAGUGUUGCUGAGGAAGGACUAGAUAUUAGACAAUGCAAUGUUGUUAUUCGCUUUGAUCUUGCAAAAACUGUUCUGGCAUACAUUCAGUCUAGGGGUCGUGCAAGAAAGCCUGGUUCAGAUUACAUCUUGAUGGUUGAGAGGGGAAAUCUGUCUCAUGGAGCAUUCUUAAGAAAUGCUAGGAAUAGUGAGGAGACCCUGCGGAAAGAAGCAAUUGAGAGAACUGACCUUAGUCACCUUAAGGAUACAUCAAGGUUAAUUUCUGUGGAUACAAUUCCAGGAACUGUGUACCAGGUGGAAUCUACUGGUGCUAUUGUGAGCUUGAAUUCUGCUGUUGGGCUUAUCCAUUUCUAUUGCUCUCAGCUACCGAGUGACAGGUAUUCAAUACUUCGUCCUGAGUUUAUUAUGGAGAGGCAUGAGAAGCCAGGAGGUCCCACAGAAUAUUCAUGCAAGCUUCAACUUCCUUGUAAUGCACCAUUUGAGAAGCUUGAGGGUCCUGUAUGCAGUUCGAUGCGCCUUGCACAACAGGCUGUUUGUUUGGCUGCUUGCAAGAAGCUCCAUGAGAUGGGAGCAUUUACUGACAUGCUCUUGCCGGAUAAGGGAAGUGGGGAAGAAAGAGAAAAGACUGACCAGAAUGAUGAAGGUGAACCGCUUCCCGGAACUGCUAGGCAUAGAGAGUUCUAUCCUGAAGGUGUAGCGAAUAUACUCCAGGGAGAAUGGAUCUUAUGCGGAAGAGAUGGUUGCAACAACUCCAAAUUGCUUAAACUUUAUAUGUAUGCUGUAAGAUGCAUAAACAGCGGCACUUCAAAAGAUCCAUUCUUAACUCAAGUUUCAGAUUUUGCAGUGCUUUUUGGCAACGAGCUGGAUGCAGAGGUGUUAUCGAUGUCAAUGGAUCUAUUUAUCGCUCGAACCAUUAUAACUAAGGCAUCUCUUGUCUUCAGGGGUCCAAUAAAUGUUACUGAAACCCAGCUGGCAUCCCUUAAAAGUUUUCAUGUGAGAUUGAUGAGUAUUGUACUGGACGUGGAUGUUGAACCUUCCACCACUCCAUGGGAUCCUGCAAAAGCAUAUUUGUUUGUCCCUAUGGUUGGCGAUAAGUUUGUAGAUCCUAUAAAAGAAAUUGACUGGGAUCUAGUUGAAAAAAUAAUUAGAACAGAUGUGUGGAGCAAUCCCCUUCAGAGGGCUCGACCAGAUGUUUACCUUGGUACAAAUGAGAGAACACUUGGUGGAGAUAGAAGGGAGUACGGAUUUGGGAAAUUGCGUCAUGGCAUGGCUUUUGGACAGAAAUCCCAUCCCACCUAUGGUAUCAGAGGAGCUGUAGCACAAUUUGAUGUUGUGAAAGCUUCUGGACUGGUUCCUAAUCGGGAUGGAACUGAAACAGAGAAAGUGGGGUUGCCCAAAGGCAAACUGAUGAUGGCUGAUACUUGUGUUGAUGCUGAAGAUUUGGUAGGGAGAAUUGUAACAGCCGCGCACUCUGGGAAAAGGUUCUAUGUGGAUUCAAUACGCUAUGACAUGACUGCAGAGAACUCAUUUCCAAGGAAAGAGGGUUAUCUUGGUCCUUUAGAGUAUAGCUCAUAUGCUGAUUAUUAUAAGCAAAAGUAUGGAGUUGAAUUGAUAUUUAAGCAACAACCAUUAAUGAGAGGACGCGGUGUUUCAUACUGCAAGAAUCUUUUAUCUCCUCGGUUUGAACACUCAGAAUCAAAUGAAGGUGAAUCUGAAGAAAUUCUUGACAAAACAUAUUAUGUUUUUCUUCCUCCUGAGCUAUGUUUAGUACACCCUCUUCCUGGAUCACUUGUUCGAGGUGCCCAAAGAUUGCCAUCAAUAAUGAGGAGGGUUGAAAGCAUGCUGCUUGCAGUUCAACUUAAGGAUAUGAUAGAUUAUUCAGUCCCUGCUUCAAAGAUCUUGGAAGCCUUGACUGCAGCUUCAUGCCAAGAGACAUUCUGCUAUGAGAGAGCAGAACUUCUAGGAGACGCUUAUCUGAAAUGGGUUGUCAGUCGAUUUCUUUUUCUUAAAUAUCCCCAGAAACAUGAGGGUCAACUCACUAGGAUGAGACAACAAAUGGUGAGUAACAUGGUUCUGUAUCAAUAUGCAUUAAAUAAAGGACUUCAAUCAUAUAUCCAGGCAGAUCGUUUUGCUCCCUCUAGAUGGGCUGCUCCUGGGGUGUUGCCUGUUUUCGAUGAGGAUACAAAGGAUGGAGAAUCCUCCUUAUUUGAUCAGGAAAGAUUGCUUUCUGAGGAUAAACCAGGAGUGGAUCAUGCUGAUGAUGGAUAUCAAGAUGAUGAAAUUGAGGAUGGUGAACUUGAGAGCGACUCUAGUUCUUAUAGAGUUCUCUCUAGCAAGACAUUGGCAGAUGUUGUUGAAGCAUUGAUUGGUGUUUAUUAUGUUGAAGGUGGUAAGAAUGCAGCGAACCACCUCAUGAAAUGGAUUGGGAUUCAGGUAGAGUUUGACCAUGAAGAGGUAGAUUCGGCAAUAAAGCCAGCCAAUGUUCCGGAAAGUAUACUUAGGAGUGUCAAUUUUGAUGCCUUAGAAGGUUCCUUGAACAUUAAGUUCAAUGACCGGGGCCUCUUGGUUGAAGCGAUCACUCAUGCGUCGCGACCAUCUUCUGGAGUAUCCUGUUAUCAACGAUUAGAAUUUGUUGGUGAUGCAGUCUUAGAUCAUCUGAUUACAAGGCACUUGUUUUUCACAUACACAAAUCUUCCCCCAGGUCGCUUGACAGAUUUGCGAGCUGCUGCUGUAAACAAUGAAAACUUUGCACGUGUUGCUGUUAAACAUAAGCUCCAUGUGCAUCUUCGGCAUGGGUCAAGUGCUCUGGAAAAGCAGAUUCGUGAUUUUGUGAAGGAAGUUCAAGAUGAAUUAUCAAAACCUGGUUUCAACUCCUUUGGUUUGGGAGAUUGCAAAGCUCCGAAGGUUCUUGGUGACAUUGUUGAAUCUAUAGCAGGUUCUAUUUUCCUAGACAGUGGACGGGAUACUGCAGUCGUUUGGAAGGUUUUUCAACCUUUGUUGCACCCAAUGGUCACUCCAGAAACACUCCCGAUGCAUCCUGUCAGGGAGCUGCAAGAACGGUGCCAGCAACAGGCUGAAGGCUUGGAAUACAAAGCCUCAAGAAGUGGCAAUCUGGCUACUGUUGAAGUUUUUAUUGAUGGUAUUCAGGUAGGAGUUGCUCAGAAUCCACAAAAGAAGAUGGCACAGAAACUUGCUGCUAGGAAUGCGCUUGCUGUUUUGAAAGAGAAGGAAACAGCUGAAGCUAAAGAAAAAGGUGAUGAGAAUGGAACAAAGAAGAAAAAUGGCAACCAAACAUUUACCAGGCAGACCUUAAAUGAUAUUUGCUUGCGAAGAAAUUGGCCUAUGCCCUUGUAUCGGUGUGUGAACGAGGGUGGCCCUGCACAUGCAAAAAGGUUUACGUUUGCAGUUCGUGUGAAUACUAAUGAUAGGGGAUGGACUGAUGAAUGUGUGGGAGAGCCAAUGCCAAGCGUCAAAAAGGCCAAGGACUCUGCUGCAGUUCUCCUCUUGGAACUUUUGAAUAAAUGGUACUCUUGACGACAUGAGAUAGUAUUAAUGGGAGAUAUUUAUGCAGUUAAAUUAUCCAUUCAUCAUUGAUACCUGAUCCAAUGCCUUUGAUUGUAGUUAUGUACUUAACAACUUUCGCUUAAGAUUUAGCCAAAUACAAAUUUGAGAAAGAGCUCCACUUUGCAAGGUCAAUAACAAUUAUUUUUAAUUGUCAACGAAGAUUUUUCCA